AUGUCCGACCCAACCGUCAUAAAAGAAAACAUCCGAAAAGCCUACAACGAGAUCGCAGACACAUAUCUAGAAUGGACAACCCGAUCCCAUCCAGUCCGCCUUUCGCAUCUCAACGCCCUCCUCAAAGCAAUGGACUUUGAGUCUGACUCUACCCCCACCCCGGGUCCAGACUCGAACUCCAUAAACAUCCUAGAGCUAGGCUGCGGCGCCGGCGUGCCCUGCACACAAGUCCUCGCCGCACGAGCCAACACAACCGUAACAGCAAACGACAUCUCAGACACACAAAUCGCACUGGCUAAGACCCGGCUACCCGCCAACACAACCCUUAUACAGGGCGAUAUGAUGGCGCUGUCCUUCGAGGACGGAUCCUUCGACGCCGUGAUCGCCAUGUACUCGAUCAUUCACCUCCCGCGCACGGAGCAGACAGAGCUCCUGCGGCGGAUUGGGCGGUGGUUGAAAGUUGGGGGACGGUUUUUGGGUAAUUUUUCCGAGGCGGGCUUUGAGGGGAGUGUUAAGCGGGAUUGGUUGGGGGGAAGCGAAGGUGAGAUGUAUUGGAGUGGGUGGGGGAGGGAGGAGAUUGGGAGGAUUUUGAGGGAGGAAGGGUUUCAGAUUGAGGUUGAUGAGGUUGUUGUUGAUGUUGAGGUUGAUUGUGAUGGUGGGGUUGGGAGGGAUGUGCCGUUUAAUUGGAUACGGGCGAGGAAGAUUUGA